AUGACGGUGAAGCAAGGGGAGAAUGAAAGUCUUAAGGACUACAUCAAGAGGUUCAAUACCAAGUCUCAACUCAUCCCCAACCUCCAAGACAAUGUUGCUUUCACAGCCCUUCUCUUCGGGCUCAAGUCUAACAAGCUGAAGUUUGAACUUGUCCAUGACAAGGUGAGCACCUUCUCUGAAGCCAUGGAGAGAGCUGAAAGGAUCAUUGAAGCUAGUGAGGUGUGCAAGGCACCCGUAGCAAACAACAAGGGGAAGAGGAAACAAGAAGAUAAAUACCAUGACAACAGGAAUAGAAGGCCGAGGAGGGCUGAGAGUGAUGAUGAAGGACUUAAGUACAAUGCUGAUAGGCGUGAGAUCUAUUUGGACAUAAAGCACAAGGCUAUUCUUCCUAAGACUAACCCCAUGAACACGCCGAUAGAGCAGAGGAACAAGAAGCUUUGGUGUGAAUACCACAAGGAGUGUGGUCAUACCACCUGGAACUGCAGAGAGCUCAAGAGAGCCCUUGACAAGCUAGCUGGAGAAGGAAAGCUUAACAGAUAUCUCAAGUCCCCCCCGAAGGAUAAGCAAAGCAAGGCCGCCAAAGAAGUGCAGGAAGCCCAUAGCUCAGCUGACACUAACUUAAGCAUCAAUGUCAUAGCCGGAGGGUUUGCCUCCGGGGGUUUGUCUAACAGGAAACGCAAAAGUCAGUUGCGGUCGCUCGAAGAGCCCAUCUAUGAUAUCGGCACUCCCUCGUCUACCCCGAAGGACCCCCUCAUGGUGGCCAAUGCUAAGGUGAAGAAGAUCUUAGUAGAUAGUGGAAGUUCAGCAGAUAUCAUCACAUGGAAAUGCAUCGAGCAGAUGCGUUUUGGAAGAGGUGACCUUACACCCCUGGAGAAACCCUUAGUGGAAUUUGGGGGGCAUCAUGUGUACCCCUUAGGAACAAUCAAGCUUCCUGUUCGUUUGGGGGAAAAGAAGAAGGGGAGAAGCUUGGUUCACACCUUCUUAGUUGUGGAUACCCCUCUGCCAUAUAACAUGAUUCUUGGACGACCCCUUCUCAAUAGGGUCAAGGCUGCCAUCUCAACCUAUCACUUACUCCUCCAAUUCGAGACCGAUGAGAGAUCGGUGGGCAAGAUAUUUGGAGAUCAGUUCGAGGGAAGAAAAUGCUAUGUAGAUAGCUUGAAGUCACCUGAGAGCUCCGUCAAUCAAGAGGACAAGGGGGCCAAGAGGAAAGCGAUGGAAAUUGAUGAACCUCAACACCCGAUCAUGAGCAUUUACAUGGCUGAGAAUCCAAAGCAGUACGGUAGGCCUAGGCCUAUUGAAGAAGAUGAGAGCAUACCCUUAGGGGAUGAUCCCGCUCGGACCGUAAGGGUGGGAAAGAACUUGGACCCCUAG